UGUAGGCUAGCCAAUCAAGAUCAUGACAUCAGUACCUUUAUAAGCCAGUAGUCAAAGCGAAAAUUAACUUUAUCAUUGCAGUCAACGGCAAGCUAGCUCCGAAGUAACCCGCAUUCUGGGUCUACAUCGGUUAAACCCCCAAGCCAAGCUGCUCACAACUUGCUGCAGAACCAGCUAUGAAGAUCAAAGCAACAUUUAUACUCCUGGCCUUUAUAGGUCUCGCAUCGGUGGUGACAUCCCAAACGAACACCUACUGCGGGAGACGUUUGGCUACAACGUUGGACUACCUCUGCGAAGGCCACCUGAUCAAGAGGUCUGAGCCCCAACUCAACAGCCUCCAACCAGUAUGGCCGUUAAUGGAUGCGCAAAAAGCUCUCGAAAUGCGAUUCAGGGGAAAGAGACAGGUGGUCGCCGAAUGUUGCGAUAAACCAUGCACAAUCGACGAAUUGAUGACAUACUGUGGCAUCUAACAUGUUUGCUGAUACCCGAUAGCCUGCCUCAUACUUAAUGGAAUUCGAUGAUUAUGUAACCUCGAUAUGAAUAAUGUAUAUUAAUAGUAGCACUAUAUAAU